GGAAAGAAGUAAAACGGCAUAAUGGAAACACUUAACAACUAUCUAAGUAAAUAUAAGGGCUAUGUUUUUGCAAAAGGUGAAACCACUGCGGAGUACAUCGACUCUCUUCAGCAUUUUGAGAUUCGUGACAGUGAUGUUUUUCUGGUGACAUAUCCCAAAUCAGGCACAAUAUGGACACAGAACAUAAUAAAUUUAAUUUGUGAGGAUGCCACAGACAAAACUCAAUUUCCCAACAAUCUUGAGAAGAUGCCUUGGUUAGAGUACCGUGAAGGCCGAGCGGACUACUCUUUGCGAUCGUCUCCACGGUUCUUUGCCACCCAUCUCACACCCAGACUGAUGCCACCAGGCCUUAGGGGGAAGAAAGGAAAGAUCGUGUAUGUGGUCAGAAAUCCAAAAGACAACGCCGUGUCAUAUUAUCACUUCAGCAAAGUCUGGGCCAAGCUUGAGAAAUACAAGAGCUUUGAAAACUUUCUGGAGCAGUAUCUGACAGGAAAUGUUGGCGGUUCAUCUUGGUUUGAUCAUAUCCAAGAGUGGCACAGUGAAGGAGACCAGUACAACAUACUUUUCCUGUCAUAUGAGGAUAUGGUCAUGGAUCUCAGGACAGCAGUGGAGAAAAUCUGCAAGUUCUUGGGGAAAAAUCUGGAUGACGUUGCUAUCACACAUGUUGUGGAAAAGGCAACUUUCAAAAACAUGAAGAAGGACCCAAAGGCUAACUAUGAAUUUAUUCCUAGAGAUCUACUGCUGAAGCCCCAAUUCAUGCGCAAAGGCACAAUAGGAGAUUGGAAGAACACAUUCACUGUAGCACAAAAUGAAAUGUUUGACCAGAUCUUCAAAGAAAGAAUGAAAGAUUUUCCUCUGAACUUCAUCUGGGACCUGGACAACUAAAAACAUUCAUGAGACAAAAGAACCAGCAUUGCUUGCCCCUGGACAUUAAACACCGUUUUUUUUAAACAGUGUUCUCCCACUACCCCCGCAAUAAUGUGACCACUGUGUGUACUUUAUAAUCUCCUAUAUAAGCCUUAAAAUCCUGGCAUUAAGGAUGACAUUUAAAAAAAACUAACAGUUGGAAGACAUGAUUAAGCAAAUUCUGCCCAAGACAUCAAGUUGACAUCAUCAGAAAAGAAGUGCAAUUCUAGAGCAGAAACAAAUGAUCAGAUUUUGAUUAAAGAUUCCAGAUUCUGUCACUCCAACCAGGACAAUUCUCAGUUUAGGACAGUCCGAAAGACAAAUGCCUUGUUCUGUGGAUAAAAGGAUAGACAUGACAAAAGGCUAAAUUUAAGAUUUGUGUAUUUAAAUUGCAUAUAAAAAUGUCAAUAAUUUCAGAGGCAGUUUUAGCAUAAAGUAAUAAACUUAAUGCAUAAUUUUCUGCCAUAAAUAUUGUGGCAUAGUUUAUUAUUAUUAUUAUUAACAGUUUACAUCUAUUUGAUUUUUUUUAAAGCGAUAUUUCACCCCAAAAUGAAAAUUUUGACAUCACUCCCAAACCUGUAAAACCUUUGUUCAUCCUCUGAUUUAUUUUUUUUUAUAUUUUGGAUAUCGUGACUAUCCCAUUGUGACUGACCCAUUCACUGCCAAGUAAAGUAUGAAAAACACAUGAAUGUUACGAAGUGACAAGAAUAGUUAGAAAGUUUAUUCAAUAAUUCGUAUCCUCUGUGUGUCUCUGCAUCACAGUAGUGCCACUUUGAAGAAUAUCCACUGAACGCAAAUGCUGUUCUGUCAGCGACGCCACAAGUAUAUGCUGUUUUUGUUCAAAUCAAAGCAGAAGUACACAUAGAAAACAUACUGACAGUUGAAAGAGUGAAGGAAGUUUGCAUCUAACAGAUAUUCCCUGAAAUAGUGUUAUGGUGAUUGUGGUAAUGGAUUAUGGAAUGGAGUCUGUAUUUUUAUUUUCUUUGUGUACCAAAAGUAUUUUCGUAGCUUCAUAACAUUCAGAUUGAAACAAAAAAGAUGUAGUCCAUCUUUUUUUCUGACAAUGUUUUUCAUACUUUUCUGGACCUUGACAGUUUAUUUUACUUGACAGUCAAUGGGACAAUCACAUGCCUCCCGGUUUUUAUCCUAAAAAAGCUUUUACGGGUUUAAAACGACAUGGGGGUAAGAGCAUGCCUUUAAAUAAUCAAAAUUUUAAAAUACAUUUAUUCAAACAGCUGAGAAUGACAAUUAUUUUGUUCAAUUAAUAUUGGAACAGUACAUAGUUGUGUAAAGGCUAUAUUCAAUUAUUUAAAACAUGUAAGAUUUAUAAUUGAUGAUAAAUGUCUGAACCUGGUUAUUGUAAAUUAUGUAAAUGAUGGAAAUUGUAUAUGUAAUUCAUAUGCAUAAAUCCUAAAUUUAGGUUAUCUCCAUAUAUUUAUUUAUUUAGCAUCAGGUCUUAUUUUACAAUCAUGACUGUACACUACAUGAUAACAUGGAAGGGUACAGGCAAAAUAAAUGUAUACAAGGAAGCAUAAAUAAGCAUAAGCAAAUAAGUAAGCAUAAAUAAUAUUUUAGCAUAUGUCAUUUUAUUUACCAUAAACUGUUUAAGUUAAAUGACAAUAUUAUGCUGCUUGGUCUGAACUGGAAGCAGUAAAGACAGUAAUAAAAAGCCUGUAUGAAUAUCA